AUGGCAGGACCCAUCCAGUUGGGGGACGUCAUCAAUUUUAGCAAGCUUGCGUGGGAUGUGUACAAAUUUGGUUGGGAUAACGACUUCAAUGCAACACGGCAAUAUGCAGAAUUCGGCCGUGAUGUAAGAGGGCUGGCCGAGAACCUCGACAUCCUCACUCGUGUGGUCGACAGAGCGGACCAAUCACUGCGUCAAGACGGGGUCUUCAGGCCGUUGCGUUGGGAUCCCUCGUCCCUUGAAGAGAUCAUCGGAGACUACAAGGAAACUCUGACUGAAUGCUGCAAUCUGAUUGCAGAAAACCAUCGUUAUCGCGUUAGCGGCGGUCCGCUCAGGAACAUUGAAUGGAAUGUUCUCGUGGCGCCAGCCGCUGAUCGACUGCGUGCGCGAAUAGAACUGCAUAACUCCAAGGUCUUGCACGUGCUGAAGCCAUUUGAAAUCGACCUGCUCUCCCGUGUUAGGGAAGACAUUCGCCUUGUGCACCAGGAUCUGGCCCACCGUAUAAGUGCUGUGCAUCUGGACUUGCACCGCCUGAUUGGGGUUCUAGUCCCGGACCUCGAGCAUGCCCUAGCUCAACAGGCUCGUCGGGAGCCCAUUCAACUCGAAAUACCGCAAAUAGUCGCCGACGGCCUUCAGCAUGCAUGGGCGGCGGAGAGGCAGCAGGACGGCUCAGGCUCCAGUCUACAAGAGAUGGCAGAUGUCUUCGUCCUUCACUACCACAAGUCUACAGCCAACUUCACUGCCGGUAUCCUGGUUGAAAACAGAAUCCCCGAUAUCGAGCAGUACUUGAGCCUGUUGAAGUGCAUAUGGGUGAUGCGGCAUAUUCGCGAAUCGCCAGAACUACGCCAAUCGGCCACGGGCAGCUUGUCACACUGGCCUUCGUAUAUCCAACAGCUUGAAGAUGACCUUGCCUUGCAAUGCGAUCGAUUCAGACAAGACCUCGUGCCGCCGGCCCUAACAGGCCUGCUGCCUGAAAUGUUUGACAUCUGGCCCGAGAAAGAGCUUGCGCAACUCGUGGAUGUAGUGACAAGGGACGCUCUCAUGGAACAGGUCCUGGACAUCCCGAUGCAAGGAGCCGCCGCGAACGUCCACAGGAAGCUCCAGCUUCUUCGACGGAUGGGCACAGACGGAAAGCGCUUCCGCAUCAACAUCACCGGCGUAGAGCAAGGAGGCACAAGUAGGAAUGCGCGUCGGCAAGCCGAGACUAUCGACUUCGACAUCACUUCCGUCAUCAUCAACCCAUUAUACGCCGUUCCGUCCAACGCCGGAGUAUGGGACAUGGUCUUGCGGAAAGACGAACGGGUCGCCAAACUAACAUUCACGCAGCUCAAGGAUGCUGUCAGGUUCCAGCACGCCACCACCGGCUUCAAGGCCUUUGACAGCUACAGCCAGUACAAGGCCAUGGUCAGCUUCGUCGUAUCGGGUGCGGGAGAACCGAUCGUCGAGAGCGCUUGUGUUCAGCUAUGGGUUCCAAAGGUGCUCGAUGGGCAGCUGGUGACAAAUAACGAGUCUUCGGUCGAACAAAACGCGGGGUCCAGGUCUGCAUCUGUAGCUUAUUCAGGAACCGGCACAGCGACGAGACAGAGCACCCUCCGUGGUGGUGGAGGACCUUGGGACACGGUCAACCCGUUCAUGGCCAGCCCUACAGAGACCGUGUCGAUGUGGAACAGCGCGAGUAGUCCGCCAACGGGGCCUCCAGCGCGGAACUCAUCGAUGCCAUCGCCGCCGACGACGAACGACCCCUCGGGGGCUCGGCCUCCCAUGGCCAUACCGCGCCGACCGGUCGGGUCUGGUGGCAGACAGGCGCCGGCAGCGUCGCCACCCAAUAGUUACCAGCAACCGAGCGCCACAUGGACAUCACCGACAAGUCCUCGAUCCUCCAGCCUCUUCCAGGCAUCAAGGCAGCCGAUGGCGCCGUCAGUGUCCACGGCAACCACACGCCCCGACAGGACGUUUAGCGUGUCGAGCAACAUGUCGGUAAUGACAACCCCAUCGAACAACAGCUCGAGUGGUAGCGAAGCGCGGACCGCGACCGUGAGAAUCGGUGGAUACACGACCGGAACAGUCCACAGGCGUCCGCCCAAGCCGAUGCUUGUUUUCUUCACUCGGAACCCCAAGACCGGAAAGCCGGCGAUGGUGGCCGUGGACAUUGACGAGGACACCCAGGUCAACCCAGACCGGUGCAACUGCCGCCGGUCAGGACGGGAUGGAUCGUCGUGCCAGAUCGCCGCCAUCGAGCAGGACCAGGGCAACAUGGACAUGUCGGUGCGGCGGUUCGAAAGCCGCGAUAGCGACGUGGACUGGAACGUGGCCAAGCUGGCUCUCGGUCGGCGAGGGGAGCGGGAGUAUGCUGAUGCUGUCUGGAAGGACGUCAGGCGCAUCAGCAUCUGGUUCCCGACCUCCCAGGACAGGGCCAAGUUCGGGGGGACGCCCAACAUCUGUCAGUGCAGUGCCAGAACGGAAGCCGAGUUGAGCGAGUGUCUCAAGAGACGGCACAAAGGCCUCCUGGGACUCGUCAGGGAAUCCGGCCGGCAGCAACUCAAUGAGUACCACCGGGCUAGAUUCGCAUCGCAGCACGACGUCGUCCGCGGGAUGAGGGAUGACUAUCGAUGA